UCUAUAAAUACCUCACCAUGCAUCUAAACAUAAGCGUGUCAAAACUUGAAACCCAUUUCUGCAGUCAUGUCUUCCCGAUCACAGAAACCACUCUCCGUAUUCUCCCCAGUACUCUUGUUCAGCCUUAUUCCUUUGUUUCUCCUUUAUUUUCAUGUCCAUGUUUUUGCUUUCCAUGCAACUUCUUUUGCUGCUGCUAAAAAUGAAGUAACACAAGGGGCUAAGGAGACGGAUGCUCUUCUAAGAUGGAAAGCCACUCUUGAUGACCACAGCCAAUCUAUUCUGUCCUCUUGGAAUGGAAGCAGACAUUGCAAUUGGUCUGGUAUAUUUUGCAAUGAGGCAGGAAGUGUUGUCAAUAUAAGCGUUACAGAUUCCGGUUUGAACGGAACGCUUCAGAGUCUCAGCUUCUUGUCUUUUCCCAAUCUCAUCAAGCUCAAUCUCCGCAACAACUCACUUUAUGGUGUCAUUCCUUCACAUAUUAGUAAUCUUACCAAGCUCACCAUCCUUGACUUGUCUUUCAAUAAUAUUUCUGGAAAAAUUCCAUCUGAAAUAAGCUCACUGGCAAGUCUUAGAUACUUUUCCCUUGCUGUGAACCAUAUAAAUGGAACCAUCCCUCCAGAAAUUGGGGUCCUUACUUCACUUUAUGGGGUCUGGUUUCACGCUAAUUAUCUUACGGGCACAAUCCCUGCUUCAAUGGGAAAUUUGGGCAACUUAACUGAUCUUUACAUCAAUGAUAACGAUCUUUCUGGCUCCAUACCACCGGAUGUUGGAAUGAUGAGAUCUCUUCGUUUGCUAGAUAUGUCGAGCAACAAUCUUAGUGGUACAAUCCCUGCAUCCAUGGGAAACUUAAGCAACUUGGAAUAUCUUUACCUUUACGAUAAUGAACUUUCUGGUUCAAUCCCCAUGGAAUUAGGAAUGCUUGGAAGUCUUCAAAUGCUUCAGCUUUUAAACAACCAUAUGGUUGGUACAAUCCCUGCCUCCAUAGCAAACCUGACCAACUUAUCUAGUCUUCUUUUGAAUGAUAACAAUUUUGUCGGUGUAAUCCCAGUUUCUGUUGGAAACUUGACAAAGCUAGUAACUCUAAAUCUUGCCGACAACAAAAUUAGUGGUCCAAUCCCUGCCUCCAUAGCAAACCUGACCAACUUAUCUAGUCUUCUUUUGAAUGAUAACAAUUUUGUCGGUGUAAUCCCAGUUUCUGUUGGAAACUUGACAAAGCUAGUAACUCUAAAUCUUGCCGACAACAAAAUUAGUGGUCCAAUCCCGGCUUCAAUUGGAAGCUUAAGAAACUUAUCUGAUCUUGCGCUCUAUAAUAAUGAACUUUCUGGAACUCUCCCUUUAGAGAUGGGCAACCUUACUCUCUUACAAUCUUUUCAAAUAUAUGGCAACAGAUUGAUGGGCCGUUUACCUGAAGGUAUAUGCCUUGGUGGACAACUUCAGUAUGUCGCUGCAGAUGGAAACAAUUUCACGGGUCCUAUCCCAAGAACCCUGAGAAAUUGUAGUAGCUUGUUGAGACUUCGCCUUGAGAGAAACCAACUCACAGGAAAUGUAUCUGAAGAUUUUGGUUUUGGUGUAUAUCCUCACCUGAACUAUUUGGAUUUAAGCCAUAACCAAUUAUAUGGUGAGCUUUCAUGGAAAUGGGAAGAAUUCCAGAAUUUGUCGACAUUAAAAAUCUCAAACAAUGAGAUUUCUGGCACAAUACCAGCUGACCUCAGUAAGGCACCUCAAUUGCAUUCACUUGACCUUUCAUCAAAUCACCUUGUAGGGGUGAUUCCGAAGGAAUUGGGGAAGUUAAAGUUGUUUCAACUUGAUCUCCAUGAUAACAAGUUUUCAGGCAAAAUUCCUGCAGAAAUAGGAAUGUUAUCUGCUCUUCAGGUACUUAACAUGGCAGCAAACAAUCUAAGCGGAGCAAUUUCAAAGGAGAUUGGGAAGUGCUCCAAACUGUUGUUCUUGAACCUUAGCAAUAACAAGUUUACAGAGAGCAUUCCUUCAGAGAUAAGCAAUUUGCGCUCUCUACAAAGCCUUGAUCUCAGUCACAAUUUGUUCAUAAAUGAGAUACCACAACAACUCGGAGGUAUGCAAAGACUAGAGACGUUGAACCUUUCUCACAACUUGUUGACAGGUUCCAUUCCAUCUUUCGAUUAUUUAACAAGCUUGACGAAUGUGGAUAUAUCCUACAAUGAGCUGCAGGGUGAAAUUCCAAACAUUAAAGCCUUUCGGGAGGCUUCAUUUGAAGCGUUGAGAAACAACAAAGACCUGUGCGGUAAUAACACAAGACUAAAGCCUUGUGGUUCUCUCGCAACGAGCAAAACCACAGGAAAAAAGGGCAAAAAGGCUGUCAAUCAUCUAAUUGUUUUUCCUUUCAUCGGUAGUCUGCUUCUAUUGUUUAUCUUGGUUGGAUGUUUCUUCUUCAUCCACCACAGAAACAGAAAAGCCAAGUCAACUGGGGGGAAACAUCGCGAAGAUAUGUACGCAAUAUGGAGCCAUAUUGAUAGAAAUAUGCAAUAUGAAAACAUUAUUGAGGCUACAGAGGUGUUCAAUUCCAAGUAUUGCAUUGGGGUAGGAGGUUAUGGAAUUGUCUACAAAGCUGAGCUGCCAAAUGGUCAAGUGGUUGCUGUGAAGAAAAUUAAUCAAUCACCAAAUGGUGAGGUGGCUGAUCUGAAAGCAUUUACUAGUGAGAUUUCUGUGUUGACAAACAUACGUCAUCGGAACAUUGUGAAGUUAUAUGGGUUUUGUUCGCAUGUCAGACACUCAUUUUUGAUAUACGAAUUCAUAGAAAGGGGAAGUUUGAGAAAAAUUUUUUUCAACGAAGAAGAAAGAGUGGAGUUGGAUUGGAGUAAGAGGCUAAAUAUUGUUAAAGGAAUAGCAAAUGCUUUGUCGUACAUGCACCAUGACUGCUCUUCUCCAAUUAUCCAUCGAGACAUUUCCAGUAACAAUAUUCUGUUGGAUUCAGAGUUUGAGGCCCAUGUCUCUGAUUUUGGCAUAGCUAGGCUAUUGAUGCCUGACUCCUCAAAUUGGACAUCAUUUGCGGGCACGGUCGGGUACACAGCACCAGAGUUGGCAUACACAAUGGCAGUCAAUGAAAAAUGCGACAUCUAUAGCUUUGGUGUGGUCACACUCGAAAUACUAAUGGGAAAACAUCCAGGAGAUGUUGUCUCAUCUCUUUCAUCUUCAACUCCACCAAUUGACCAACAAACACUUAUGAAAGAUGUGAUUGAUCAAUGCCUGCCAACUCCUAAAAAUAAAGAUGCUGAAGGAGUGAUCCAUGUUGCAAAACUAGCACUUGCAUGCCUGAGUACAAAUCCUCAAUCUCGACCAACCAUGAAACAAGUUUCUUCAAAGUUGAUGAUGGCCCAGUAACAUCCAUUAACAAAGGUAUUCUCUCAAAUAAAAUUGGGACAAAUUUUGUUCCACCAUGGGUUCAAUGCCUAAGCAAUUAUGGGAAAUUAAGAUCUUUGUCUUUUUUUUUUUUUUCUCUCUGCAAACCUUGUAUUAUAUAUUUGGUUGGAGCAAAAAUGUAAAAUCAAUUUGAUAUUUUUAAUAGACCUGAUCUUGACUUGGGCAGUUGUAAAUUUUAAAUCAUAAUCACAAUUAUAGUUCUAGUAACCUUUGCUAUUGCAGAAGUUAGACUUUAAUUUUAA